GUAUUAAUAUUGAAGAGGUCAUUAUAUCUUUCCAGAAAAAGGAACCUUUUGUUUUUCAAGUAUGGGAUUUCGCAGAACACGAAGAAUAUUUUACAACCCACCAGUGUUUUCUAUCUUCUUCAUCUUUAUAUUUAUUAGUUUGGGAUGUAACUAAAAAAAAUCAAUGCAUUCAACUACUUCAACCAUGGUUUGAAAAUUUAGUAGCUAGAGUAAAAUUUUUUUAUAUUAUUGUUGUUGGUACAAAAUUAGAUCUCCUCAAGAAUGUUGACAUGGCAAUGGAAACUGAGAUUGAAGAGCUCAUAAAUACUAUUCCUGCUGUAAAAAAUUUAAAAAGCAGUGAUAGAAAAUUUUCUACUAGAAUAAAAGUUUGUUUUGUUUCUUUAAAUACAAAAUUUUAUAAAUAUUCUCAAGGUAUAAUUUUUUAUAUUUCAUUACUGUUUGUUGUAGUUGUUGUUGUUAUUGUUGUUAUUGUUAAAAAUGCAAGCAGUUACCUUAGUGUUUAUAGUUCUUUUAGUUAUUUUUUUAUUGCUUAAAACAAGUCUUUAACUUUUUUUUUUUUAAACAUUAACAUAUUUGCAACUUAGAAUAAGUUUAUUCUUCUUUGUCUGAACAAUUUUCAUAAUAAAGUUAACAUAAAAAUAUGUCACACAUCAAAAAAGCAUUACAAUUUGAAUAUGCUCAUGUUGAGGUCCAUAUAUAUAUAUUUAUUUAUGCUCAUGUUGAGAUAUAUUUACAUUUUCUUUUCUUAAUGGUAUUUAGCAUUUUUUUUUCUUAAUGAUAUAUAUAUAUUUUUUUCCUUAUUUCUUAGCCAUAUUUUUUAUUAACUAUUCUUUUAUUAAUUAUACUGUGUGUUGUAAUUUUAGUGGUGUAAUAGUUUUGCGCUCGCUUUGUAAGCAAAAGGUUCUAAAUUUAUAAUUGUAGAGUUUGGAGAGGGUUGUAACCACAAUAAAAAUAAAUUAAAAUGAAAAACAUAGACUUCAUGGUUGUAGUGGUGCCUUUGUUCUUGGGGAGGAGAAGAAUAUUAAAAAAAAAAUAAAAAAAUAUAUAUAUAUUCCUUGAAGAUAUAUCAUAAGAUGUGUGGUGUGUACAAUGCAUACUUUUAAAGGUUGAUAAAGGUAUUAAUAUUUCAUAAGUACCGCACUUCCUCAGGCUUCCUGUUCCCACUCAUGGUAAAGGAAUUUGCUAUCUUCAAGAGACAUUAAGAAACUUAAAACAGUGAUCUAUGCUUUGGCUGAAACUAUGACAUAUGAUGGGAAACCAAAUGGGGAGAAAAUAAUGGGUAAGUUGUUCCCGCAAAGUUAUACAGUAUUUGAAGAAAAGAUUAAUGAAAUUAAAAAACAGAAAGAAAAAAAUUGUCAACUUCCAAUAAUUAGUCUAGAAGAAUUCAGUUCUAUGGAGAAAUCAUCAAAAUGUGAUGAUGAUAUCUUUCAAGGUGAUGUCUUUGAAGCAACUAGGUUUCUGAUGAACACAGGUUCUAUUCUUUAUUUUGAUGGUGCAAAUGAAGGUUUACAAGAUAUCGUUUUUAUUAAUCCAUCAUGGGUUUGCAAAUUAAUGUCAGCAUUUAUCACUGAAGAUGCUGUUCAUACAUUUGUUAAAAAUGGUAUUUUAGAACAAGAUAAAUUUACAUUGAUUUUAAAAGAAGAAUUGGGAAUCCAAAAUCUUGAUUUAAUAAAGAUAUGUAUAAGUUUAUUAUCACAAUUUCAAAUUGCUUGCAAGAUUGAUGAUCAUAGAGUUCUUAUUCCACCGAAACUUCCAAGUUACGAUCCAAAACAUGCAUUGUCAAUCAAUUUGAAUUUUGUAGGAAAGAGAAAGAAAAUGAUAAAGAUGAUGAAAUUGAAUCUCAGCUUAUCAAUGAAUUGUCCAACAAUGAUGAAGAUUAUCAAGAACAUUUUAACGAUUAUGGAGAGCCAACUUAUUUGUUGAACAAUGGCUAUUUAAGUUUCUGGAAUCAAGGAAUCAUAUUUAAUUAUCCACAAUUGAGUUUUUCUGUACAACAGCUACCUAUUUCAUAUAAAGCAGAUAGUAAAACAAUUGAAAUAUCUGUAACUAAAUCCUCAUUAGGUUAUCGAGUUCUCAGCUAUGUGGUUGAUCAUAUUAGAACACUUUUAAAAGAAUGCUUUCAAGGUUUGUUGAUGUCAGAUUCUCAAGUUAUUUCUUCUCUGGCAUGCCCCAUAUGUACAACUUUGGGCAUAAAUCCACCUCAUUUGUUUAACAUAAGUAAUGCCUUUAAAAAUUUUUUAGAAAGCUCAGAUGACAACACAUGCAAUAUAAUAUGUAAAGAAAAGCACAAACCAAGAGUAGUUAAUAUAGCAGAAUGUUUUCCUGAUCUAACUUUUCAAGAUUUACCGAAAACGAUGAAAUGUAAUUACAAUGAUAUUUAUAGUGAAAAAAAUGAAGAAUGCAAGCUGGGAGAAGGAAAGUUUAGAAAAGUAUAUAGUGGUUUAUUUAAGUACAAUAUUAUAGCUGCAAUAAAGUUUUAUAAAUUUAAUGUGGACAAUUUAUUGAAUCAGUUUUACGAAGUUCGACAAGAAAUUUUAAUGCUCAGUAAAUUACGUCAUCAUCUUUAUAUAAAUCAAUUUUUAGGUUUCUCACUGAAACCAGAAUUUUUUGUUGUGAUUGAAUGGGCUAGUCAUGGUGCUUUAUCAUCUGUCAUUUAUUAAAGAUCCAAAGUUAUCCCCAGAAUUGUUAAGUUUCGAAUUUGCCAGCAAAUUGCAAGUGCUCUAGCUUUCAUGCAUAAAAAAUCUAUCAUUCAUAGUGGUAUAACAUUGGAUAAUGUUUUAUUAUUCUCGCUUGAACAUAAUGCAAAAAUCAAUAUUAAGUUAACUUAUUUUAGUACAGCAAGCUUCCUGAGUCCGUUUGGUAUGAAAACAUUAUUUGACACUAAAUGUUACACUGCUCCAGAAAUAAUUUUGUACCAAUCAUCAGAUAAGUAUAAUUCAAGUGUUGAUAUAUACUCAUUUGGAAUUGUUCUAUACGAGUUAAUUGCACAUCGAAGGUUGUUUUAUGAUUUUAGACGCAUAUGAAAUAACUAACAAUGCCAUAAUGGGAUUUCGACCAAAAUUUUUUGGCAUUUCUGAUGCAUUUUAUGGGUUGGUUCAUUUAACAAAGUUGAUGAUAUCCAUGUGGCAUCAAGAGCCUUCCAAAAGACCUCCUGCUAAAGAUAUUUUAAAUAUGUUACUGUCUCCAACAUUCCAAUUAGUCUUUGGACUGAAAAUGUUGUCUUCUACACAUAACCCUUGUGAUUUGUGUUAUAUAAUCAGUUGUAACACACUUUGGAUCACAUGUAAUGACAAGGAAGAACCAUCUAUUAUUGUAAUCAAUAUGGAAAGUUUUAAAAUGGUCCAAAAAGUUAAAAUCGAGGUUGCACCGUUUAGUUUAGAGAACUUUUAUAUAUCAUCCAUUACUCCUAUCGGUGAUAAGCAUGUAUGUGUUGUGUUACGAACUUUCAAUGAUGUCAUUUUAGUUUAUAAAGCUAAGAACUACAGUGUUUUUCAAAGAUACAAAAUAGAAGGUUUAAUCUGUUCAAUCUCUGCGAACAUGGAUUGGGUUUGUUUUGGGUUUGACGAUGGCCGUUGCUCUAAGGUUACUUUAAAAAGUUUUUUAAACGGAAAUAUGUUAAAUAAACUUCAUGACUUUAAAUUAAAAGAAAUGUUCUCGGUAACUAGCUCGGUUUUAUUGUCCGAAACAUUUAUUUGGUCGGCCGGUUGUUCAUUCAUACUUUGCAAUUUGGAGAAAAAUAAAGAAGAAAGAAAGUUUAUUUAUAAAAUUGAUAGAAAUGUUAAAGAAAUUGUUUUCUCGUUUGAUGAAAAAUUAUUUUUUAUUUCUUAUCAAGGUAGUACUGAAAUUCAUAUCUAUAGUACAGAAACUAUAGAAGUCUUGUAUAAAUUUAACUGUCACAACGAUAUUUUAAAGUGUUCACCAGAAGCUCUUAGCGUUGAUCUCGGAGUGACGUGCAUGUGUUCAGUCGACAAUAUGUUGUGGGUUGGUACCGGAAGCGGGCAUAUACUUAUUUAUGAGGUGCGUGACGUUGGUGGGAUUUAUAAAACUAAACUACUGCAAACACUUCAUCCAUACGCGAUUGAAAUGAGAAAACUUUUGCUUGUUGUCUUGACUCAAACACGUCAAGAUGGCGUAAAAUAUGUUAUCGUAAGUAUUGGAAAAGAAUUAAACAAAAACGCAUUCGAAUUUGGUUCUGUUUUUGAAUUUAACGGUUUUGUUCCGAAAGAUCAAACGGCAAUAGAUGAAAAACUUUGCGAACACUUAGAUAACGAUGGUAAUGACGGUAAGGUGAUUAUUGUUUGGCAUGUUUUGAAGUCGCACCAAUAUAAAAAUUUAAUCUUGAAAUAAAAAAAUAAAUUCCGAUUUAUUUAGGUUGCACUUUUUUAAUUUUAUUUUUAAAAAGAUAAUCAAUAAAAAAUAUGUAUGCAUGUAUAUUAUAUACUUUUUUAUUACCUGACGUUUAAUUCUUUCCUAUUUUUUAUUAUUUCAAGUUGUAGAAAACUACACUCUAAAAAAAAUGUAGAACUUUUUUCCUUUGGGUAGGAUAUGUGAU